ACUACUUCCGGGUUCCAGCAUUCUGGUCCAAACCCAGCUCUCCGCCUGUGCACACACACACUUUACACGCGCAGCGAGGCUGGGAGCGAGCAGCAUCGAUCGAGGCUUCUUUAAGACGAAACUCAGACAUUUUCUCUCUCCAUCUCCAUUGCAGAACUCGUGUGUAACACACAGAGAGAGAGAGGCAGUGGGGAGGAAAAAAAGAGAGAGGGCUGCACGAUCGGGACUAACUGAGAGAAGAGAGAGAGAGCCUGAUCGUUCUACAUUUUGCAUCUGGACACUAUUUUAAGGGCUUUUGACCGGUGCAAAGCGCACAGUGGAUCAUCAUUCAUUCACCACCUUGACAAGCUCGCCUAUGAUUGACAGCUGAAGUGGCAGAAAGCCAUGAGACUUUGGUAGCUUUGGUUCCAGGGGCACUUUUCAACUGAUUUUGGGGGAAAAAAAGUGGAAAAAAUUGCUUUUCUCCCUCUUUUGGAAAGUGAGAGUUUCAUGCCGAAUUAUUGUUUUCUUUCUCUCAGCAAGCAGAAGAAGAUUUGGUUUAAAUUCCCACGGCGCUGGAAACCUUAAGGGAGUUUUUUUUUUGUUUUUUUUUACAAUUUUUAAUUUUUUUUAUUUAUUAAAUUUUUUUUUGUGGAGUUGCGUGAUUCAUUCUGUUCCACACUGGCCUUAAAUAGGAUAUAUCUGAAAGUGAAGUAGCAAGGAGUAAGGAAGGCCGAUGGCUCAAAGGUACGACGAUUUGCCCCAUUACGGUGGGAUGGAUGGAGUAGGAAUUCCCAGUACAAUGUAUGGGGAUCCCCAUGCUGCCCGAUCCAUGCAGCCAGUUCACCAUCUGAAUCACGGUCCUCCGCUGCACUCCCACCAAUACCCGCACACGGCCCACACCAACGCCAUGCCACCCAGCAUGGGCACCUCUGUCAAUGACGCUUUAAAGAGAGAUAAAGAUGCCAUUUAUGGACACCCCCUGUUCCCUCUGUUAGCACUGAUUUUUGAGAAAUGUGAAUUAGCUACUUGUACUCCCCGGGAGCCGGGUGUAGCUGGCGGGGAUGUGUGUUCUUCGGAGUCUUUCAAUGAAGACAUAGCUGUAUUCGCCAAACAGAUUCGUGCAGAAAAGCCCUUGUUUUCUUCCAAUCCGGAAUUGGAUAAUUUGAUGAUCCAAGCCAUACAAGUAUUAAGGUUUCAUUUGCUGGAGUUGGAAAAGGUACACGAAUUAUGUGACAAUUUUUGUCAUCGGUACAUCAGCUGUUUGAAAGGGAAAAUGCCAAUCGAUCUGGUGAUAGAGGACAGAGAAGGUGGAUCCAAAUCAGACAGUGAAGAUAUGACCAGACCAGCAAACCUAUCAGAUCAGCCUUCCUGGAGCAGAGACCAUGAUGAUACAGCAUCGACACGUUCAGGGGGUACGCCUGGGCCUUCAAGUGGGGGACAUACGUCGCAUAGUGGGGAUAACAGCAGUGAACAAGGUGAUGGUUUGGAUAACAGUGUAGCCUCACCCAGCACAGGAGAUGAUGAUGACCCAGACAAGGACAAAAAACGUCAUAAAAAGCGGGGUAUCUUUCCUAAAGUAGCCACGAACAUCAUGAGAGCCUGGCUAUUUCAACAUUUAACACACCCCUACCCUUCAGAAGAACAGAAAAAACAGUUGGCACAAGACACAGGUCUCACCAUACUUCAAGUGAACAAUUGGUUUAUAAACGCCAGAAGAAGAAUAGUCCAGCCGAUGAUAGACCAAUCUAAUCGAGCAGGCAAGUCCCCAAUAGUAACUGUAUUCAAGUCUCGCAGGCGAAAACCAUCCUCAAGCCAUUCACCGGGAGGUCCAUUACCUGUAAGUCAAGGCACUCCGUACAAUCCCGACGGGCAGCCAAUGGGUGGUUUUGUAAUGGACGGCCAGCAACACAUGGGAAUCAGAGCACCAGUACUGCACGGUAUGCCAGGGAAUUACAUAUCUCCGAGUGGUCCAAUGGGUAUGAGUAUGGGUCAGCCAAGUUAUUCUCCAUCCCAGAUGCCCCUACAUCAUGCUCCACUGCGCCAUGGGCCUUCUGUGCAUACCUACAUUCCUGGACACCAUCACCACCCAGCAAUGAUGAUGCAUGGGGGACCAGCUCACCCUGGAAUGCCAAUGUCAGCAUCCAGCCCUUCGGUGCUCAAUACAGGAGAUCCAACAAUGAGUGGACAUGCGAUGGACAUUCAUGCUCAAUAACUUAAAGGAAUAUUUGUUGUCUACAAUGACACAGUUUUUCAAAUGCUGUCUUCUGCUCAGACUGUGACAUUCUUUGCAUCUAUGUAGGACCAAAACAGACCCCAGGUUCUUCAUAGGGACCCUACCCCAACCCCCUGAAAAAGAAAAGCAGAAAACAGCCACUGAAAUCAAGUUUUGGGAGACAAUAAAUAUGUUAUAUAAGACAUUAAGAGAACAAAGAGUGAAAUAUUGUAAAUGAUAUUAUACUGUUAACCAUAUUAUGUUGUUUCUUAUAGAUUUUUUUAAAAAAAUGUGAAAAUUUUUCCACACUAUGUGUGUUGUUUCCAUAGCUCUUCACUUCCUCCAGAAGCCUCCUUACUUAAAAAAGAAAAUAAGAAAAAAAGCCUUACGGUUACUCUGCAAACCACAAAAAAAAAAAAUAAAUCAUUUUUUGCAGGUUAUUUUAGAACAUUACACUAAGUGUGUCAGGCAGAAGAUUUUUUUCUUCGAUCCAUGGAUUUCAGCCAUGCACAUUUCUAUCCGUCAUUCUUUUUCUUUCUCUUAUUUCUCUCUGUCUCCCUGUCUCGCUCUCUGUUUCUCUCCCUCUCUAGCCCGGGGCUUGAAUUUGCAUGUCUAAUUCAUUUACUCACCAUAUUUGAAUUGGCCCGAACAGAUGUAAAUCGGAAAGGAUGGGAAAAUCUUCAGUCAUCAACAAUGAUUAAUCAGCUGUUGCAAGCAGUGUCUUAAGGAAACUGGUAGGAGGAGGCAUGGAAACCAAAUGGCCUUGUGUUUGGAGCCUAAUUGUCACAUCAAAGCAUCAGUCCCCACGCAGCAAAAAAAUAAAAUAAGAAAAACAAUAUAUACAUCACUUCCUAUUUUACGCAGCUCAAAACAAGAACGGAAGAAGAUUUAUUUUUAAUAUGAUGACUUUAUUUCUCAGCAAGGCAUCAGUUGUGCGUGCAUUUUUUUUUCCAUAGUCCCAUCAUGGAACAUUUAUGUAUACAUUGUAAAUAAAUUUUGUGCAAAAGGACUGGAAGAUAACUGUAUUGUUGCAAUUAUUUUGUAUGAGUAGCAGUUUGGUAUGAGUUGGCAUGCAUACAGAUUUACUAAGUGGGAUAAGCUAAUUAUACUUUUUUUUUUUGUUGUGCUAAAACAAAUGCUUGUUGAUAACUUUUUUUUUUUUCAAGAAACAAGGCAGCCGGUAGUUAUUAAUUAUAAUCCUUGCACAUCGAGUCUUAGAAUUUCUGAUUGAAACAAUUUGGAUUGUAUAUGAACUCGAAGUACCGAUGUACUACUUUGAGUGCAGUAAAUGAAAUCUGAUCCUAAAAUAAAAACAAAUUAUUAUUUUUUCA